AUGACAUGCAGCUGCUGUAGCUUUUCGGAUCAACGGUCCAGGACUUCUUGCCCUGGAAGGCGGCUUGGUGCCCAACUCUCCCGGAGCAAGGCUUCUCUAGCGGUUCCAAAGCCUUCUGCAGUGCAUGUGACUGCAGCUCAUCGAAAGGCCUACCAAGAAAAUGGCGUCGUCCACAUUCCUGGUGCCUUUGGUGAGGAUUGGGUGCACUACAUGCGGGAUGCGUUUCAGCAAGGUAUGGAUAAGCCAGGCAAAUAUGCAGAGUUCAUUGGCAAAGAUACGACAUGGGAUACGCUAUUUGGUGCUCGAGCGAAGGAUAUCGAGAUGUUUCAAGACCAGGUUUUCUACCAACAAGCAGCGGAACGUGUUCCUGCUUGGUUACCAGUUUUCCAUUCCCACGCGGCACAUUUGAUUGCCCAACUCAUGGGCUCUGCCAGAAUCUCGUUCUUCUACCUGCAUGCGAUUCUAAAACAGGGAGGCACAGAGCAGGCAAUCCCUUGGCAUCAGGACUUGCCAUAUUGGAAGGUGGAUGGAAAACAGAUCGGUUCCGUGUGGAUAGCUCUGGAUGAUAUGCCUUUGGCUGCAAGCGUUCGCUAUGUGCAGGGAUCCCACGCUUGGGGGUUGUUUCGUCCCCAGCACUUUGUGGACCACUCCUCAUACGAAGGUCGAGAGGACUUGCCGUUGCUGCCCGACGUGGACGCCAUGUUGCGGCAAGGCCAAGCCAAGGCAUUGGCUUUUGAGGUCAAGGCAGGUGACACCCUUUGCUUCGAUGCUCGUAUUGUGCACGGCUCUUUGGGAAAUCCAGAGGCCAGGCACGAACACCGCCGCGUGGCGCUGCGCUUUGGUGGUGAUGAUGCAGUCUAUUGCAACCGUGGAGGGGAAACAGCGAUUCCUACGCCAGAAAUCGAUGCAGUCCAUGGUCUUCGCCACGGAGAUACGCUGAACUGCAAGGCGUUUCCCCAAGUGUGGCCAUGA